AUGAAGGAGCUGACUAUCCUACAUGUCAACAAUGAUUACUUGGCAUUUCAAAGAAGAUUUCACUACUUAGUUGCACAUCAUAAGAAAUUGAUGAAUGAUUCAGAGAACUUCUAUCAUGAUCUUUUCUUUAUUGAUUUGAAAGAACAUCAAAAGUCUUUUAUCAAGACAUAUUUGAAUGAUUUUUACAUGACUGGCCAGAACUCUAUUAAAAAUAUUGACAUUGACAAUCUCAUGAAGCAGUUAAUGAAUCAUAUGAACAAUGACCUCAAGAUUCAUACAGCAGAUGACAGAUAUGAUCAUGUCAAAGAGAUUGAAAAUCUCAUUCUAGAAUCUGACAGAGGAGAUAUAUCUAUACAUGAUGCCCUCAAUGGCGUUAUUUUCACUGCGAUUUGCACAGCUCAGAGUUCAAUUUAUAAAAUAGUUGAAAGGAUGUCAGAAGUUGAUGCUCAUUAUGAGUCAAAAGUGAUCUAUUUCACAGCAAAAUCACAUAUAUAUGACAAUGAUUAUGCUAAGGCCUUGACCAUCACUGGCAACAACAAUCCUGUCAAUGCUCAACCUCAAUUUCAAGAAUCAUCUACAGCUGUAAAAAUGCUUGCUGAGUGGCAUGUUGAUCUGAGACAUAUACACACGGGAGUCAUUAUAGCUUUGGCAAAGAAUUCACUAUCUGAUAUCUGCAUCAAGAGUCUCAAGACUAAUUUCUUCUGCAAUACCUGCGUCAAAGCAGGUAUAAUGCAUAAAUACUUGAUCACCUCCAUGCCACGGGCUGUAAGGCCAAUGGAACAGAUUCAUAUUGAUCUGGUGGGUGAUGGCUACACAUUGAGCAAUACAGACAAUCAUUUUAUAGAAUUUCACCAAGGCAUAAAAUAUUUUAUAUUAAUCACAAAUGAUAUGAUGUGA